AUGGCGGGCAGCGCGGGCCAGGCAGCGACCAAGACCGCGCAGGUGGAGCACGGAGGGUGGCGAUUCAACCAACUGCAGAUUGAAAAUGUUGGUGGCUGUGGGGAGAGCUCAGGGCCUAGGGGCAAGGCAGAUGGCAGCACAAGGCAAGCAAGGGCUCCCCAGGAGGAACGGUAUGUGGCCGUGAAGGAUGAAGCUCCCAGGGGGAAGGACGCAGCCGCACCCCGACACGAUUUGGACAAGACCCCUGGCUCCGAGGGCAGCCUGCAGUGGGAGGCCUGGAUGCAGCUGUGCUUCAAACCGCACAGAGACGUCCUGGGUCAUCGCCCACCCUGGGUACGCAACGUGGUCCCCGCCGCGCCCGCCGCCCGCCGCCCGCUGUGGUCCACCAGCGCCUGCGCCGUCGCCGCCUGGCCCCAGCCACCCGCCGUGGCGACCAUGCCAUCGUCUCAGGUGCGUUGGAAGUACCACCAGAAGUGCGAGAAGACGAUCAACCGGCAGAUCAGCGGGGAUCUCCACGCGUCCUACGUGUACCUCUCCAUGGCCUACCACAUCGACCGCGAAGACUUAGCCCUGAAGAACUUCUCCGCCUACUUCCUGCGCCAGUCACCCAAGGAGCACAAGCACGCGGAGACGCUGCUGAGGACACAGAACCAGCGCAUGGGCCGCAUCCAGCUCCCAGACAUCAGGAGGCUCGACCUGGACGACUGGGGCAACAGGCUCAAAACUAUGGAGUGCGCCUUCCACCUGGAGCAGAGCGUCAACCAGAGCCUCCUGGACCUGAACCGGUUGGCCACCAACAAGGGCGACACGCAGCUGUGUGACUUCCUGGAGAGGCAUUUUCUGCAUGAGCAGGUGAGGGCCAUGACGGAAUUGGGCCACCACGUGACCUACCUGCACAAGCUUGGGGCCCUGGACGCCGGCCUAGCCGAGUACUUCUUUGACAUGUUCACCUUGGGCAACAGCGACAAGGAGAGCUGA